UCACAUGUGAUUCAGGAAAACAAGAAAAUUUGAAAUUAUUGCAACAGUUAAGUGUAAUUCAGAUCGUUUGAAAUUCGUUGUCUGUACUUCGUUUAAAAUGAAUAGUUUACAAGAUUUCACGUGUCCCAACGAUGGUGAAUUAACUCUUUGUGAAGUUGAUGGACGCAUACAUUCCAUGAAUUUCGAAUUUGCUAAUGUUAACGCUUUUACCAAUACAAUUGACCGGCAUCCAAAAAUUCAUAUAACUAGAGAUAUGCUCCAUCCUGUGAAGACAAUGGAUGAAGGAAAAGCUUUGUUUUUACCUGUAGAUGUUCCAUUUUUAAAGCAAUUAAUUCAGGUUUACUAUGAGCAAGGAAUGAUGGAAGCAAUUGAAAUGGUAUCAGCACAUAGACAAACUGUUAUAUCUGCAAGUGCUAAAGUUUUAUUGCAAGUAAUCAAUAAACUGCACAAAGUUAGGUGUAUUGUAAACCCAAGGUUGCUGAUUAAGGGUGAGAGUACUAUCACUCAGUUCUCUCAAACUCGUAACUGGAGUAAAAGUCCUAUUAGAUGUAUGGCAUGGCAUGAUACUAUACCCAAAAUUGCUGUGGCCACAUCAGAUGACACAGUCAGAAUAUAUCAGACAGAUUCCACAAUGGUUCCAAUUUUGAAAUGUAAACAACAGAAAAAUGUUACUUGUAUUGCUUGGAGACCCAUGUCCAAUUCAGACAUUGCUGUUGCAUGCGAGAGCGGUAUAAUAGUCUGGAACGUGGAUCCUAAUUCUGUUGUAACGCGUCCGUCUAUGAACCACGCAAUUAUUUUAAGUCGAACUGAUCACAAUAUGAUUCUAAGUAUCAGCUGGAGUCCAAGAGGAGACGUUCUUGCUUCUGUCGCUGCAAGCGAUUCGAAAGUUUUAUUAUGGGACGUUGAAUUGGAUCGUACUAGUUCUUUGAAGAGAGCUGGAGCUUCAGGACUUAGUUUACUCAAAUGGUCACCUGAUGGUAAUAAAUUAUUCGUUGGCACAACCACGUGCGUCUUUAGGGUAUGGGAAUGCAACAGCUGGUUAGCUGAUAAAUGGAAUAUCUUGGCUGGUUACGUACAAACAGCUUGCUGGUCGAAAUGCGGCACCUAUUUAUUAUUUACAUCUAACGAAGAGCCAAUUAUCUACGCUUUGCCGUUUAGCAAUUGCGAUUUUGUGUUUAAAAACGAAGUUAAAACUACUCCCAAUCAAGCAAUGCCUUUGUACGAUGUUAGUAAGGUAGAUAUAGAUGGGGUCAUCGUUGGUGGAAUAGUUCAAUACAUGGAAUGGGAUACCAGAGGAAAUCACGUGGCUGUGCUUUUCAAAGAUACAAAUUGCGUAGCCGUUUUCUACGUGAUAGCACAGCCUGUUUUACAACUUGCUCCAGGCUUUUUGGUAUCUGGUUGUCCUGAGGAAGUACCAAUCACCAUCAAUUUCCAGCCGAAUUUCGAUCAUGGCUCUUGUUUGACUAUUGGAUGGUCGAGCGGAAGGAUUCAGCAUUUCCCUAUCGUCUAUUCUGAUUUCUGUAAUACCAGCACCAAUAUUAUUAGCCAGCAACAAUCUUAUUAUGAUUCUUUUAAUUUAUCAAAUGCUGUAAAUAGUUCUACGUAUCUUAUUAAUUAA